UGCAUUCCCAGCUUCAUCAUCUCCAUUCCUGAAUCCAGCAUCGUCCUCUCCGAUGAUUCCGUCCAGUCUUUGCUGGCAAUCAAUAUUAAUAAUAAAUAUCUAAUUAACUACAGAUUUCUGCAGCUCCAUCCCGUCCACCAUUCACCUCGCUCCAAGCAAGCAAGCAAGCACUGUCGGGGCGUCCCACUUGCCAUCUCGAUCGUCUGCCGGAGCUCCUCCAGCUGUCGUUCACUCUCUCUCCUUCACUCUGUUCUUCCUGCGCGCAGUGAUUGCAAAUAGAUUUUCCAUCAUCGUCUCUUCAGCGGGUGUUCAGGCAAAAAAAAAGAAGGGAUUCGUUUCUUUGACUUUUUCUUUAUUUUAUUUUUUCUUAUUUUUAUUUUUAUUUUUUGAAUUCUGGUUCUCAUUUUUCGUUGUUCUUUAUCACCCCUCCCCCCCUUUCCCCCCCCUGGAACAUCGCCUACAAUCGUCGCUCAACGAACCUUCGGUUUUCUUCUCUCAGACCAUCAUAUCUCGAGUCGCCUUCCUACUCCGAUCCUUUCCCCAUCCCCCAAUAUUCACCGGUAUCAAGGACCGUCGAACCCUCUGGAAGUGAAAGCGGAUUCGCGAACCUCGUUUUCAACCCGCGAGGGCUUUGGGCCCCAUGUCUGGCGCAUCGUCUUGGCUCCAGUCACUCUUGUUGCGCAUCUCAUCCAUCCACAUUGCUCCAAGUCUAUAAGAACCGUUGGUUGAGCGUCUGCCAUGGCUCUCAUGGUACCGCCGCGCGGGGUGCGCCCCGGUGACCUGCUGGUCGUUAUUCAUGAUUUUGAUUCGCGUGGUGAGGACGAGCUUACACUGCGGCGUGGGGAGAAGAUUGAACUGGUAGAGCUGGACGACGGAUUUGGUGACGGAUGGUAUCUUGGGAGGCACUUGGGAACCGAAACGACCGGUCUCUUUCCGGGCAGUAUGUCCUUGGUCCUACUAUUUACUACCUGUUCUGUUGGAGAGCUACCUUGGCUAAGACGAAACCAGUUUAUACCGCGGCAACCGCCAAGACCCCCUUGCAGCAGCGACCGGAUCCCCCGAGAAUGGUAAAAGCAACCUUACAACACGAUGGGGAAGACGCAUACGACAGUCCGCCAGAGGAGGAAUCUCGCACCGAGUCGCAGACCGCCGAAGACAACACCCCUCACGCUUCACGACCUGCGAGCGCAAGCGAUAUGUCUAAACCGGAAGGCCAGACGUCCUUGUCCCGAUAUCAGCAAAGGUCCAGCUCUUCCCCGCUUCCGGCGACUUUAGCUACCGAUAUUCAGCAGAAGAUUGACAACCAUCUAAAUGGGGAAGACAGCCCAGUCAUGGACGAAACCUUGAGCGUAAUCGAUGAGCAUAUCAGGGAUCUAAGUACCCCCCGUCACAGCAUGGCACCACAUGACCACAGAGCUGCCACUGAUUCGAGUAGCGAGUAUAGCAGCCACAUGAGUCACCGGCUUUCCUAUAUCAACGGACAUGAAACCGAUGAAGAGGAGGAAAGCGUGCCCACCGAGGAGGAAGUGCGCAAUUGGGAUCAUGCCAUGACGGCGAAGCAAUUGCGGGCUCUAGAGGUUGAAGAGAGACAUUGCCAGAUCUUCGAAGAACAAGAGAUUGCGGGUGACGUCUUGUUGGACAUGGAUCAGAAUUUCCUUUUCAUGAAGGAGUUCGACUUUGGCGUCAUGGGGCGCCGGCUGAAAACGUGGCACAAAAUCAAAGCCUUCCAAGAAGAGGUCAAGGGUCUGAGGCGACCGCGCCAGAGCUCCGCUUCGAAUAUCUCCGGCCCUGUAGGCGCUCCUGACGAACGACCAAUGAGCCGUGCCAAUGCUGGCCCUCUCCUUCCGCGCAUCCCAAGCCUAGUAGAUAGAGGGGCAUACCACCAUCAACAGAGAACUUCCAGUGUUUCUGCGCAGAAUCCAAAACGCGCCAAUUCCACCAGAAUCAGCGGCACGAGUUCUCCUUCAACCCCAGCGACACCCUCGUACGGCCUGGAGUCGCCGUUGCGACCCUCUGCGGCGUCCAUUCGACAGCUAGGUCACUCGCGGCGGCAUUCGUCUAUCGAUGCAACCGGGAAGUCGCCUGUGCCGUCGGAAAUGUCUUCUUCACUUCGUGGGAACCACCGGGGCAAGCCCUCGUUUGACAGGUUUUGGUCCAUGUCGGUUUCAGGGCAGCCACCGGUCGAGACGCCAACAGAAGGAUCAUUGACCCCUUAUGUGUACCAUACAAACACGAACGGAUCCGAUUCCGCCAUCUCCGUAGACGACAAGCAUGGCGAUUUGGAUCGCGGAUACUUCUCUCAGACCGAAGUGGAUUCACGGAAAAACCGGCGACUUUUGAAGAAGCGACGCUCCAGUGGAGGCAUCGGUCACUCGAGGACGCCGAGUUUCGCUUCCAAAGCAAACCCCGGGAGCAAACGGCAUUCACGCAUUGGGAGCGCGGAUUCAAUCCGGGACGCGGCGGAUCAUCUUUCUGCGGCUGCAAAGGCAUCUUCACCCAAGGAACGUUUUAAGAGUUUUGGUUCACGCAGGUCCGGCCAACACUCGCAACUAUCCACGGAUGAUAAGCCCGCUAUCAGCUCUGGAUUCUUUUCCUCGCGAGCACCUUCGCUCGGAAAAUCCGACAGGGGAACCGCCAGUAUCCAUCCUCUGUCUUUCCACUCAGUCAACGCCACGGGGGACAGAUUUCGUCGCGCAAUGGGCCUCCGGGUGGCAUCCGAUUUUGCGACGAAGGGGAUUGAUACAGCAGUCGCUUCCGCCUCACCCCUGACCGAACAAGGCCCCUCGUCCGCUAGGGCUGAGUCGACUACUCCAUCUGCAAAGAGUUCCGAACGACAUAGUACUGAUACUUCCUCGAAGACAGUCGAAGAUGGCACCUCCCUGGUACGCGCGAAGACCUCAUCCGUGAAGGGGGGUGUCAAGUCGAAGAAGGAUACCAGCGCUUACAUGCAGGGACUGGAGAAGAAGACGCCGCAGGAACAAAUGGUAGGGUGCGACUAUUCCGGGUGGAUGAAGAAGCGAUCCUCACACCUGGUGGCAACAUGGAAACCUCGUCUUUUCGUCUUGCGUGGGCGCCGGCUGUCCUAUUACUACUCACUGAAUGAUACCGAGGAAAGGGGUCUGAUUGACAUUACAGCACAUCGUGUUCUUCGCGCAGAUACCGACCCGUUGAUAGCUAUACAUGCUACGAUCACGGGUGCUACGGUCUCACCGACCUCAUUAUCAAACGUUCACGCUUCUGAGUCCACAGCCGAUGAUGCGCCUGGAUCCCCUGAAGCCAACCGCGGGACUGGUGGCCCGUUCUUUUUCAAGCUGGCACCACCCAAGGGCGGGGCAUCGCGAACGGUCCAAUUUACCAAACCUACUGUCCACUAUUUUCAGGUCGACAAUAUCAAAGAGGGUCGUCUGUGGAUGGCCGCUUUGAUGAAGGCGACGAUCGAGCGCGAUUUGAGCAAGCCUGUCGAGUCAACCAAUAAACAGAGAACAGUCAGCCUCAGACAGGCUCGAAAGAUGAACCAACGGCCCCCUGCUCUUAUAGAUAUGCCCAUAUACGAGACCGAAAAGUACCAGUCGACAGAGGAAGAGAGCAAAGACCUGAUGGUUAAGGGUCUGAACUUGGACAAGGCAGUGGCCCGUGAUAAUAAUAAUGAUGGUAGUAAAAACCAUAGACAUAGACGGUCUACUUCGGGAAGUAUGGUCGACCCUGCGUCUCUACCCUCGGAAGCACUGGCUGCGUUGAGAUCGAGCUAGUUGGUUUCCGACUGUCGUUCAUUACACUUGGAUUCUAUCGAGCGGCGACCUUUCAACUGAAUCUUCACAGGAUAGCUUAUUCUGUCAUCUUUGGAUGGCUGCUCCACCGUUCGGCGUUGUCAUGAUAUACCCUUUUUUAUUUCUUGCUGGGCAUGUAUAUUUCUUUCUAUGCGCUUCCAUUACCUCCUCUUUCUAUUAUUUUUUUUUAAUCUCUUUUUUCAUCUUCGAGCUUCGAGUUUUCGCAUCUCAGUCUGCUUUCUCUCGGUGAUUAUGGACGAUACAAUGGGUUACGAUACAGCGUGGGAUUCUGGUUGGAAUUGAUGAUAAUCAUUUUAAUACAAUAUGGUCAUGCCCGGGAUCUUGAAGUCUGGAGAAGUCUAUAGUUAUAUCCGCAUGUUGAUGUAAAUAUCCAUAGUAUGCUGGAUCUACCAGGAAGAGUAAUCCCCGCAAGUCUGUUUGCCCUGGAUUGCUUCAUUCCAUCUCUUUCUUUUCAUCUCAUGUAUAGAUAUAUCUAUACAAGUAGCGGCUCCCCGACUGUCAAAAGAUGGGUGCCUUGCCCAGAACGUUCUUCCCGACCCCCAAGAAUAGAGAGAUAUGAUAUGCAGCGGGCUUUCAGAGCACCCUGCAUAAUGGUG